AUGGCCUUCAAGAACGGACUUAGUGAACGCCUCGAUGAGCUGCGAUUUCCCUCUCCGCGAUCCCCUACCUCAGAGUCACCGUUUCCCGGAUACAAUUCGAUCUCCCCAGGCCACUCGAACCUCGCGUCAGCUUUUUCGCGGCCCUCAGGUGAUGUCCGUGCCAAUCUUCAGCGUCGUUUCACCACAGACUCCAGCAAGCUUUCGUCUUGGAGCUAUCUGAAUCAUGCUGGAAAUGCGCCUCAUAUGCCAGAUCCCUUGGAUCUAUUGUCAUCGUUUGAAAAGAAGCGUCAGCACAUCGAGUAUAUGCGGGAGCAAAAGAGGAGGUUUGAAGAAGAUAUGAAGCUACUAGACAUGCAGCAUGAGAAAGAGAAGUUAGAGAUGGACCGAAUUGCAAAGGACCUUGCCAAAGCUGGCAUAUCUGGCCCUGUCAGUGAGCCUACGACCCCUCCUGAGUAUCGUGAAAACAGCUUCUCAAGUGGGUUCACACGACCUACUCGCUUCUCAACUUCAUCUGUCACCUCAUCCCCUGGUUUCUUUAAUGUAUUUGCCCCUUCUCAGGCAGCAACUCCGCAGGGCCAGGUGAAUCCCGCCUCUGCACAAACCCCUACCAAUCGGUUCUCGGUGCAUUCUGUUCCUGGUUCUCGCAGAAACUCUGAGAAAGAAGAUUUCAGUCAAGAGCCUACAUCCCCUUUCCGUCCUGGACCUGCUAUCCAUCGUUAUUCAAUGCCAUCUGCAGGUUUUGGAUCCCAGCUCCGCCCAAACAUCUCUGGCUUUAAUAACGCCUCUGGAUUGGAGUCGUUUAACACUGCUAAGUAUCUGUUCCACAACGAGGACGAUAGAGCGACUUUGAAGGAGGAAGAUCGAAUUCCAACUCCUGACAUCAAGAGUUAUCUCAAGUUGACAGACCCCGACGACAAGUUCCCUACAUUGUCACGUAGGGACGACUCAGGAUUGCUAUCUGCAAACUCGGAUGCCUUAGACCUGGCCAAUUCUCGCACUCCAAACCCGGAAACCUGGAACUCUCAUAGCCGGCAUCGCUCUUCUCAUCAAAGCAUGCCACAAAACGCUCUAAACAUGUUCCGGCUCGAGCAGCUGGGAAGCCCGACUAGCGAGAGUCAUUCUAACACACCUCGACACACUGCUCGUCACUCACUUGAGGCAAACCUUCUUUACAGUGCUGAGGGGAACCAUGAAGGUAUGACUGCAACCUCGUCAAACCGUCCAACCUCUCUGCAGUCAUCAUACUCUACAAAUGACCUCCCUACUGUAAAGGGUGAUGGAUUUAACCCUGCCAUCACGCCACCAAAGACUCAUGCGGAACAUUUCCAGCAACACAAUGCCAACAUGGGCCGAAUUCCUGCAAAUGCUGUCAACACCCGCCAGCAGAAGGACUCGCCAGACCGCGAUGACCCAAACAUGCAGGGACCCCGGUCUCAGCAGACCACCCUACAGCCCAAUGCAACACCCUUUGGGCCACAACUUAGUUCGGCUGCCAGCACCAGCACUGCUGCCCCGGCUUCUUUGGCCACUUUCCAGCAGCCAUUUUAUGGUUACGGCGUCCAGCCUUACAUGGGGAAUCCCCUCCCGGUAAACGGACAACUUCAGAACUAUACUCCUGGCGCUUCUUACGGCGCAUUUCCCGGCUACGGCAAUUACCGUAUAGCUGAGGGUCCAGCAAAGGCUAUGGGAUCUCGCCGCAGCAACGGUGAAGCGGAGUCCGCCCAGCUAUCUCGCUUCACUAAUUUUCCAUUGGAGCACUAUCGUGGUGAGCUAUAUGGCCUCUGUAAAGACCAGCAUGGGUGCAGGUACUUGCAGCGGAAGUUAGAGGAGCGCAACCCGGACCACGUCCAGAUGAUCUUUGAUGAGACGCAUGUGCAUGUUGUGGAGCUAAUGACCGAUCCUUUUGGUAAUUAUCUUUGCCAGAAGUUGCUUGAGUACUCCAAUGAUGAACAGCGUACUGCGCUGAUCAACAACGCCGCGCACCAACUUGUGAAAAUCGCACUGAAUCAACAUGGUACUAGGGCUUUACAGAAGAUGAUCGAGUUCAUAUCAACUUCUGAACAGACUCAAACCGUGAUCCACGCUUUGGAAGAUCACGUUGUGGAACUGGUUCAAGAUUUGAAUGGCAAUCAUGUCAUUCAGAAGUGCCUGAAUCGCCUCUCUGCUGAAGACGCCCAAUUCAUCUAUGAUGCUGUGGGUGCUAAUUGUGUUGUGGUCGGUACUCACCGCCAUGGAUGUUGCGUUCUUCAGCGCUGCAUUGAUCAUGCUUCUGGUGACCAGAGGGCUCGUCUAAUCGCCCAGAUCACCUCCAAUGCGUUUGCCUUGGUUCAAGAUCCUUUUGGAAACUACGUGGUGCAGUACAUUUUGGAUCUGGCCGAGCCCCAUUUCACCGAACCCCUUUGUCAGACGUUCCGUGGAAAUAUCCCCGCCUUGUCAAAGCAGAAGUUUAGCUCCAACGUUAUCGAAAAAUGUCUCCGCACGGCCGACGGCCCGGUUCGAGGCAAACUCAUCGAGGAGAUGCUCUCAGGCUGUGAGCUGGAGAAAAUGCUCCGAGAUUCCUUCGCUAACUAUGUUGUGCAAACUGCCAUGGACUUCGCGGACAGUGAGACCCGAACCCGCCUGGUCGAUGCGAUUAGACCAAUCUUGCCUUCAAUCCGUCAAACACCUCACGGUCGUCGCAUUGCUGGCAAGAUGAUGGCAGCAGAGGGUUCCGGGAGGGGAAGUGCUACAACUAGCGGACAAGUCACUCCGAACGAGAUGAAUUCGGCUCAGCUUCCUGGGCCUCUGCAAGGUAGUGCCCAGUUUGGUGUUGGCUCUACGACCAAUACUCCGUCCGGGGGACCAAAUGAAAACCCCUCUGGGAUUUUCACUCCUCCAGUCCAGCACUCGAACGGCAAUCUAAGUGCUCAAGAGAUUCCUCGAUCACUGAGCCAAAAUUGGCCAUGUCGAGAGCUUCAAACCAGACAACUUGCCAGCCUGCUUGGGCCUCUCGGUCCUAGCCCUGCGACGUUAGUUGUGCAUGGCAUAUCUGCGACGUGCAAGUCGACCCUCGUUCGCGCCGUUCUUUCCGCCCUCGAAGUUCCACACGCCAUUGUCCGAAGCACGGAAUGCAUAACAGGCCGCCAUCUGCUGACAAAGAUACUGUGGGCAACAUUAGAAGCAUUAGGGAAACGGGAUGAGUGGGAGAAAUAUGGCAAAGGAAGGUGUGAGCAUGUCAGUACGCUCGCUGUUCUUCUAAGUGAAUGUUUGGCAUCAAGGUCUGGCGAGGGAGCUGAGAAGUUCGUGCUUGUUUUGGAUGGGAUCGAUAAGCAGCGAGAGGCACCACAGACUCUGUUGUCUGCGCUAGCGAGGCUCGGAGAAAUAAUCCCCAGUCUCUCGGUUGUUUUGAUUCUCAGCGCUACUCCACGACCACUGUUCUUGCAGGCUGCAGGUGUCCCGCACAUCAGUUUUCCUCCAUAUACGCGCAACGAAGCAAUUGCCAUUAUCUUGAACUCACGACCACCUACAAUAGCCGGCCUCUCUGAUGAGAUACCACUUAAGAUAUACCCCCAUUUCGUUUCGGCCAUCUAUGACUCCCUAGUUGGGCCUACAGCCAGUUCUAUUCCCACUUUUCGGUCGAUAUGCGAGAAACUCUGGCCCCAGUUCAUGUCUCCUAUCACAAACGGCGAGACCCCGCCCGGAGGCAGUGAAGAAUGGGACUUCUCUCGGCUUCUUCUUAAAAAUCGUGGUCUCUUCCGGCAUCACGGCGAAGCGGCGCUUGUGCAUCAUAUCGUCACCGAGGAGCCGGCAUCAUUUGGCAAUGGCUCAGUCUCGAAGCCCAUGCUAUCAUCUGUGGCUACGCCGUCACCCCUUCCCUCUCUACCUUAUUUCCCGACCUUGAUUCUAACGUCUGCCUACUUGGCCUCCCACAUCCCCCAACGACUCGAUACCAUCUUUUUCUCCAAGUUUUCAUCAUCUUCUCUGUCAGCACGCAACAAGCGUGCCCAUCAUCGACGACGACUGAAGCUCUUAUCUAAAGCUCAGGCGGAGGAUGCUCGAACUGUCAGCAAUGAUCCCUCCACCCCAAGCAAAAAGGGCAAGAGGCAAAAGACUCGCAUCACAAAAUCGACCCUGGAGUCAGCUUUUGCCACUUCUUCCGCCACAACCUCUGCUGCUGGGGCCACCGGCAUCACUGGUCCAUCCACCAUUCUCACAGCCCGUCCAUUCCCCUUGGAGAGAUUAAUGGCUAUCUACCACGCUAUUGAUCCCAACCCACCGGCAAAUCCCGUCCUUCAAGCAGCAGUUUCCGAUGCAAUAUAUGCGGAACUUGCCACGCUACGUCGACUACGGCUUGUUGUCCCUGCAGCAGGUCGCGAAAGUGGUGGUCGCAUGGGAUUGGGGUCAGGCGGGUUGAAUAGCGGAAACACCACAUCCGAUGCCGGUGAAAAGUGGUGUGUCAAUGUCUCUGGCGACUGGAUCGGGGAAAUGGCCAAGGGUAUCGGGGUUGAAGUUGGUGAAUGGUUAGCAGGAGGCUUGGAUUAG